CAUUCCUGCAGCACUGCUUCCGGUCGGCAUUUUGUUCUGCGAGAGAGAGAGAGUCUCUGUGUGGAGUCUUUUUUUAUGAGCGCCCGGGAACAUUUCGGUACCGAAUCUUUUCCGCUAUCACCCGGACUAAAGUGCGAGCUUCCGCGGGCGCCUGCGAGAAGGAAUGACCGCCGCCCGCCCGUCUUCAUGUUCGCAGUGAGAGGAAGCGGUGCGACCCGGAUUAUUGUUGUGAGAGGGACACAGCGAGCCCGAACCCCUCCACCUUCACCUUUCAACGGCAGAGCCUCAGCAAAAGAUGUAAAGGUGGAUCAGUGAGCAGCGACACUGAGCAACCUGUGCGUGCACGUGAGCUCCCUGCCCUUCUUCAGCAUGAAUGGGGACAUGCCUCAUGUUCCUAUCACCACUCUCGCUGGGAUUGCAAGCCUCACUGACCUGUUAAAUCAGCUGCCUCUGCCCUCUCCUCUACCUGCCACCACCACUAAGAGCCUGCUGUACAAUGGGAGGAUCACGGAGGAGGUCAGCUGUCUUCUGUCCCGCCGGGACGACACGCUCGUGUCUCAGCUGGCACACAGCCUCAACCAGGUGUCAACCGAACACAUAGAGCUGAAGGACAACUUGGGCAGUGAUGACCCGGAAGGAGAUGUGCCUCUACUGCUACAGACGGUGCUGUCCAGGAACCCCAAUGUCUUCAGGGAGAAAAGUACGCCCACCCGAUACGGGGUUCAGGGCGGUUUAAUGCAACAGCCAAUGAUACCACCGUACAAGAUGCCUCAGAAUUCCAUGCAUGGAAGUCCGGCGUCAAACUACCAGCAAACCACUAUAACUCCGAGCCCUCCCAGCCGAUAUGUUCAAACUCAGGCGGGUUCUGGUAGCAGGUACAUGCCCCAGCAGAACAGUCCAGUGCCCAGUCCGUAUGCGCCACAGAGUCCAGCGGGCUACAUGCAGUACAGCCACCCACCCAGCUACCCCCAGCACCAACCGAUCCAGCAAGUUUCCGUAUCCAGUCCAAUAGUUCCCAGUGGCAUGAGAAACAUUCACGACAACAAAGUCUCUGGUCAAGUGUCGGGUAAUUCCAACCACAACGCGAGGCAUUGCUCCAACGACGAGUACAUCAACAUCGUCCAGAGACUUGGAAAUGAUGAGGGUGACCCCGCCAUGAGAAAUACCUCUUUUCCUGUACGCUCCGCCUGUUCUCCUGCUGGAAGUGAAGAGACUCCAAAAGUUGGACCUAGGCCGCCCUUGAUUCUUCAGUCUUCUUCACCCUACACCUCCCCUAGAGAUACAGCUCCGGACCUCUUGUUGGAUUCGCCUGAACGAAAAAAGAAGCAGAAAAGGUUAUUGAAAGAGGAGGGAGGUAAAGGCGCCAUGUAUGACAUUGUCAGCUCGCCCUCUAAAGACUCGACUAAACUAACAAUUAAGUUGUCUCGAGUGAAGUCAUCGGAGACUGAGCAGUCAGCUGAGCCUGUGGUACCUGUAGUAGACCAUGGCUCAGAUGCUGAGAACGAGGUAUCAUGCAACAGCUUAUCAUAUCACCGGAACCCCCAGGAGCGACUCUCCGCUGGUCAGUGUCUUUCAGGGGAGCAAUCAGCCUACCAGCAGGUUCCUGUACUACAAAACAUCGGGGCACUUGCAGCCAAACAGCCCGGUGUAGUUAGUGGAACCCCGUACGACGAGGCAGAGCUGGAUGCUCUUGCUGAGAUCGAAAGGAUUGAGAGGGAAUCUGCUAUAGAACGAGAACGCUGCUCUAAGGAAGUUCAAGAUAAAGACAAGCCUCUAAAGAAGAGAAAACAGGAUUCGUACCCUCAGGAACCAGGAGCUGCAGGCACAGCUGGUGCUUCUGGGACACCUGGUGUUGGUGGCGGAUGCAAUGCUGGGAACAAACUGGUACCUCAAGAGGCUUGUGCUGCGAGCAAUGGAUCUAGUCGGCCAGCCUUGAUGGUCAGUAUUGACCUGCAGCAAGCAGGUAGGGUGGAAGGGCCAGUGGACUCCUUUCCUGUCCCUGCCACAGAGGCUCAGCGCUGGACAGAGGAUGGCUCCGAAUCCACCGGGGUCUUGAGGCUCAAAUCAAAGACAGAUGGGGAGGUGCAGAGGACAGUAGAUGGUCGGCCAGAAGUUAUCAAGCAACGAGUAGAAACUACGCCACAGAAAACUGCUGUAGAUGGACGACCAGAGACUCCCAAAAACAAGCACGAAAACCGACGGGAAAUCUCCAACAAAGUGAGUUCUGAAAAGAGGUCAGAUUUGUCAAAGCACAGACAUGAUGGUAAAGCUGAUAAAGUAAGGGCUGAGGGAAGAGGCCAUGAAACCUCCCGAAAGCAUGAAGGGCGAUCAGAAUUAUCUCGAGAGUGCAAAGAGGAAAGGCACAGAGAAAAGGACAGUGACGGCUCUAAAGGCCGCCGAUCAGAUACAUCGAAGUCCAGUAGAGUAGAGCACAAUCGGGACAAGGAACAGGACCAAGAAAAAGUUGUGGAUAAGGGCCUUGAGAAAGGCAGAGACAAGGAGCUGGAGAAAGGCCGGGACAAAGAGAGAGUGAAAGAUCCAGAGAAGGACCAGGAGAAGGGUCGUGAUAAGGAGGUGGAGAAAGGCAAAAACAAAGAGCGGGUAAAAGAUCGAGUCAAGGAGCAAGAGAAAGGCCGGGACAAGGAGCAGGUGAAAGGUCGGGACAAAAAACGGGACAAGGACUUGGGAAAAGGUCGAGAGAAAGAUCAGGACAAGGAGCUGGAAAAAGGUCGUGAGAAAGAUCAGGACAAGGACCUGGAAAAAGGUCGGGAGAAAGAUCAGGAAAAGGAGCUGGAAAAAGGUCGGGAGAAAGAUCAGGACAAGGACCUGGAAAAAGGUCGGGAGAAAAAUCAGGACAAGGACCUGGAAAAAGGUCGGGAGAAAGAUCAGGACAAGGAGCUGGAAAAAGGUCGGGAGAAAGAUCGGGACAAGGUUCGGGAGAAAGAUCGGGACAAGGUUCGAGAUAAAGAUCGUGACAAAACUCGGGAGAAAGAUAGGGAAAAGUUUCGUGAGAAAGAUCGUGACAAACUUCGGGAAAAAGACCGGGAAAAAGUGCGGGAGAGAGAUCGGGACAAAGGGCGGGAGAAAGACCGGGACAAAGAACAGGUUAAAACUCGAGAGAAAGAUCAGGAGAAGGAACGGUUAAAAGAUCGGGACAAAGAACGAGAAAAAGUUCGGGAAAAGGGUCGGGACAGGGAUCGAGAUCAAGAAAAAAAGCGCAACAAAGAACUCACAGAGGAUAAACAGGCUCCAGAGCAGCGGUCACGUCCCAAUAGUCCUCGGGUAAAACAGGAACCCCGUAAUGGAGAAGAAUCCAAAAUAAAACCUGAGCGGUCAGUCCACAAAAAUUCCAGCAACAAAGAUGAGAAAAGGGGUGGGGAAAACAAGAACCAAGUUGAUGGACACAAGCCUUUAUCAAUGGACAGUAAAACAGCCGAUUUUCCCAACUACCUAUUAGGGGGGAAAUCAAGUGCAUUAAAGAAUUUUGUCAUUCCCAAGUUAAAAAGGGACAAAGAGGGUAAUGUGAUGCAGGAAGUGCGAAUAGAACUGUUUUCCGAGCCACGUGUGAAAUUAGAGAAGCUAGACCUGGUAGAGGACCUCAAUAAGGGCGCCAAACCUGUUGUUGUUCUGAAGAAACUUUCCAUUGAUGAGGUCCAGAAGAUGAUCAGUAAUUCACGCAGCUCGAAAUCCAGCAGGUCGUCUCACGGCAGAUUUAGAGAGACUGAUUCCCGUUUGCCACUAUGUGAGAGAGUGAAAAUGAAUAAACGCAGGCGCAGCUCCACUAAUGAGAAGCCCAAGUAUGCAGAAGUCAGCUCAGAUGAUGAUGAUAGUAGCUCUGUAGAAAUAGCCCCAAAGCGUUCAAAAAAGGACAGAGAUAAAACAUGGGAAUAUGAAGAAAAGGACCGGCGGGGUUCUGGAGAUCACCGGCGGAGCUUCGACAGUCGGAGAAGUUCUGGAGGUCGACAUCGAGAACGCAGCCCUGAAGACUCAGAUGAAGAUUCACCUCCUCCAAGCCUAAGUGACCUUGCCCGAAAGCUGAAGAAAAAGGAAAAGCAGAAAAAGAGGAAAUCCUACGAGCCUAAACUGACUGUGGACGAAAUGAUGGACUCAUCGACGUUCAAGAGAUUUACAACCAGUGUUGACAACAUUCUGGACAACCUUGAAGAUGUGGACUUGACAUCAUUAGAUGAUGAUGAGAUUCCCCAGGAGUUGCUGCUCGGAAAACACCAGCUCUCAGAGUUAAGCAGUGAAUCAGCCAAAAUAAAGGCCAUGGGCAUCAUGCAUAAGAUUACAACUGAUAAAAUGGUGAAGGUCCAGAGUAUUUUGGAAAAGAACAUCCAGGAUGGCGCAAAGCUCUCCACCCUUAUGAAUCACGACAACGACAGGGACGACGAGGAGCGCUUGUGGCGUGACCUCAUCAUGGAGCGUGUCACCAAAUCUGCUGAUGCUUGUCUGACGGCUCUUAACAUCAUGACCUCAGCACGAAUGCCCAAGGCCGUUUACAUCGAGGACGUUAUCGAGAGGGUCGUGCAGUACACCAAGUUUCAUCUACAGAACACGCUGUACCCGCAGUAUGACCCCGUCUAUAGGGUGGAUCAUCAUGGUGGUGGAACACUAAGCUCGAAAGCCAAGCGAGCAAAAUGCUCAACGCACAAGCAGAGAGUUACCGUCAUGCUCUACAACAAAGUGUGUGACGUUAUCAGUAACCUGUCUGAACUCCUGGAGAUUCAGCUGUUGACAGACACAACCAUCCUCCAGAUUUCAUCUCUAGGUAUCACUCCAUUUUUUGUGGAGAACGUGAGCGAGCUGCAGCUCUGUGCCAUUAAACUAGUGACUGCUGUGUUUUCUCGAUACGAGAAGCACAGACAGCUGAUCCUGGAGGAGAUCUUCACCUCUCUCGCCAGACUGCCAACCAGCAAGAGGAACUUGAGGAAUUACAGACUGAACAGCAGUGAUGUGGAUGGAGAGCCGAUGUACAUUCAGAUGGUGACGGCGCUGGUUCUGCAGCUCAUUCAGUGUGUGGUUAAUCUGCCUUCAGACAAAGACUCGGAUGAGGAGAAUGACAGAAAGGUUGAUCAGGAUGUGCUAAUCACAAACUCGUAUGAGACCGCAAUGAGGACAGCACAAAACUUCCUCUCUGUUUUCCUCAAAAAGUGUGGUAGUAAGCAGGGUGAAGACGACUACAGGCCGCUCUUUGAGAACUUUGUUCAGGAUCUCCUGUCUACGGUGAAUAAACCUGAUUGGCCGGCUGCAGAGCUGCUGCUGAGCCUUCUGGGAAGGCUGCUGGUUCAUCAGUUCAGUAAUAAGCAGACGGAGAUGGCUCUGAGAGUGGCUUCUUUGGAUUAUCUGGGCACAGUGGCUGCACGACUUCGCAAAGAUGCCGUCACCAGCAAAAUGGACCAGCGCUCCAUCAACCGCAUCCUCGGAGAGAGCUCAGGCAGUGAUGAGAUUCAGCAGUUGCAAAAGGCUCUGCUAAAUUACCUGGAUGAGAAUGUGGAGACGGAUCCAUUUCUCUUGUUUGCAAGAAAGUUUUACCUUGCGCAGUGGUACAGGGACACCAGCACUGAGACGGAGAAAGCCAUGAAAUCUCAGAGUCAGAGGGACGACGAUUCGUCUGAUGGGCCUCACCACGCUAAAGACAUCGAAACCACUAGUGAGAUCUUGCAGAAAGCUGAAGCUCGCAAGAAGUUCCUCCGGUCUGUUAUUAAGACCACGGCAUCGAAAUUCAGCUCACUGAGAGUAAACUCGGAUACUGUGGACUACGAGGACUCGUGUCUCAUUGUGCGAUAUCUGGCCUCCAUGAGGCCGUUUGCACAGAGCUUUGAUAUUUAUCUCACACAGAUCUUGAGAGUUCUCGGUGAAAGUGCCAUUGCAGUGAGAACUAAAGCGAUGAAGUGUCUUUCUGAAGUGGUGGCAGUGGAUCCCAGUAUUCUUGCGCGUCUGGACAUGCAGCGGGGCGUUCAUGGCCGACUGAUGGACAACUCCACCAGUGUGAGAGAAGCUGCAGUCGAGCUGCUGGGACGCUUCGUUCUGAGCCGACCGCAGCUCACUGAACAGUAUUACGACAUGCUGAUCGAGCGCAUCCUGGACACGGGCAUCAGCGUGAGGAAAAGAGUUAUUAAAAUCCUGCGAGACAUCUGUCUGGAGCAGCCCACCUUCAACAAGGUCACAGAAAUGUGUGUGAAGAUGAUCAGGAGGGUCAAUGACGAAGAAGGCAUCAAGAAAUUGGUGAAUGAAACCUUUCAGAAGCUCUGGUUCACUCCUACACCCAAUCACGAUAAAGAGGCCAUGACACGCAAGAUUCUCAACAUCACAGACGUGGUCGCUGCCUGCAGGGAUUCCGGUUACGACUGGUUCGAGCAGCUGCUUCAGAAUCUGUGGAAAUCAGAAGAGGACGCCUCUUACAAACCGGCCAGGAAGGCUUGUACUCAGCUGGUGGACAGUCUCGUGGAGCACAUUCUGAAAUAUGAGGAGUCUCUCGCUGACUGUGAGAAUAAGGGGUUGACGUCUAAUUGCCUAGUGGCUUGUAUCACCACGCUAUACCUGUUCAGCAAAAUCCGACCGCAUCUGAUGGUGAAACAUGCCAUGACUAUGCAGCCGUACCUGACCACAAAGUGUAACACUCAGAGUGAUUUUAUGGUGAUCUGUAAUGUGGCGAAAAUCCUGGAGCUUGUUGUUCCUUUGAUGGACCAUCCGAGUGAAAGCUUCCUCACCACUAUCGAAGAAGACCUGAUGAAACUCAUCAUCAAAUAUGGCAUGACGGUUGUGCAGCACUGUGUGAGUUGUCUUGGCGCAGUCGUCAAUAGGGUCACCCAUAACUACAAGUUUGUCUGGUCUUGUUUCAACCGCUACUAUGGAGCUCUGAGCAAGCUGAAGAUGCAGCAUCAGGAAGACCCCAACAGCACCGUCCUGGUCUCGAAUAAACCUGCACUGCUCCGCUCACUCUUCACCGUCGGCGCGCUGUGCAGACAUUUCGACUUCGACCAGGAGGAGUUCAAAGGCAGUAAUAAGGUGGUCAUAAAGGACAAAGUCCUGGAGCUGCUGCUGUAUUUCACUAAGAACGAUGAUGAGGAGGUGCAAACCAAAGCCAUCAUUGGUCUAGGGUUUCUGUUCAUCCAGGACCCAGGACUCAUGUUUGUUACAGAGGUGAAAAACCUCUACAACACCCUCUUGGCCGACAGGAAGACAUCAGUGAAUCUGAAGAUUCUGCUGAAGAACCUGCAGACGUAUCUACAAGAGGAGGAUUCCCGAAUGCAGGAGGCCGACCGCGAGUGUGAGUCUCACUUAUACAACACACACUUCUGUUCUCAGUGCAGCAGUAGCUAG